AUGGGAGAGAUACAUUCAGCUUACAUUCUAUCCACUGAACACCGUCCCAACUCCUCUACCUUUGUCAAAGUUGAUACAAUUCCCAUCAUCGACCUCUCACAAACGAGCCAAAAAAACCUCAUCUCAGAGAUUGGUAAGGCAUGUGAAGAAUGGGGAUUUUUUCAUAUAAUCAAUCAUGGAGUUUCCUCUGAUCUUAUCAAUAAGGUUGCAAAUGAGACCAAAAAGCUUUUUGAACUAAGUAUGGAGGAAAAAAAGAAAUUGAGAAGAGAUGCAGUGAAUGCAACGGGAUAUCAUGAUUCUGAGCAUACUAAUCUCACAAGGGAUUGGAAAGAAGUUUAUGAUUGUCUUAUUAAUGAAGGAAUACAAUACCCUUCUACUGAUGAUCCAAAUGACUUGGACCUAUGA